AUGAAUCAGGUUUGGGUGUUCUUCAAGCUCAUCGAGGUGGUGCUGGGCAGUCUUUGUAUGUUUUUCCACAUACGGGGCUCAUCCUACUGGCCAGAGCGUACUCCGCAUGUCAUCCUGUACUGCGCAACAUUUUCGUCAUUCACGGCGCUCGCCGCUCUAGGUGCGUUCCGGCUGAUCCUAGCUAGGAGUUCGGUGCUCUCCUCCCAGCUUCUGCUCACACUGAGUGCCGUGCUGGCGCACUACUCCUGCGGCGUGCUGAUAAUGCGCACCGCCAUGCUGGACCCUCAUCUGGCGUCCAUCAAUUCCACCAUCGAGUACCUGGAGCACCCGCACUUCGCGCACUGCAAACAGAAGAGCAUCGCUGCUCUAAUUACUGGCACCAUGUACCUGAUGCACAUGUUCCAUGUGUUCGACCUGCUGAUGCGCAUGGAACCAGGGGACUGGAAACGUCAGGCGACUGGCCGUAAGUACUUUGAGGGAACGGAGACUGGAUCAACCGGGAUGUUUGUGCUCUCCAAGCCGGUGGACGACUUUCUUUGCAAGUAUAUUCUUUGCUACUAUAAGUUGGCCAAUUCUCAGACCGUGUACUUCCGGCCCAACGCGGAGGUGGAGCAGCCACACUUUGUAGCCCGAAUGUGGCAGCUCAUUGGGGAAGCGCGUAGAAAGUUCUUUUCGCUGCAUCAGGUUGAGAGUGACGAGAGUUUUCUAUCCACGCCGACAAUAACCACCAGUGAACCGGAUAGCUCACCGGUGGUCACGGAGUACAGUGCGUCCAUGGAAGAGGAGCCUAAUAUGCCACGCCGAUCUGCUUCAGCCUGGCGCGGCUCCAGCGAUUCCUCCAGCUUGUGGGCCAAAAUCGAGGACAGAAGCACUGCUAGCCUCGUGUCAACUCGGUCGAGUCAGAACAGCGAGGCCACAGUGAAACCCAGUCAAAUGGAUCGGAGGCUAACCCGGCGAUCUACCUUGUGGGAAACAACCGAGAAGAGGGAGAAGUCGGAGAUUCUGCUGGUAGAACAGGGUUCCAGCUAUUCUCAGAUCAGAACUUUGAGCAAUGCUGAGUUGCUUCGCAAGCCAAGCGAUGCAGGAGAAAAGGAGCAACAGGCUAAAAAUGCACCCAACCCAAGUACAACUACUGGAGAAGCUACGGGCUCGCACAUAGAAUCUUCUUCUAAACAUGGAACUGAGCAAAUCUAGAAAACUUUAAAUCGGUUAUAUUCAAAUUAAAUUGGAACUAUAGAAAUUUUGA